GUUAACUGUAAUAUAUUUGUUCACAGUCUGGUUUUACUAAAAGACACUCUAAUGUGUCGACUGGCUUUUAUAUAUAUGAAUGUAUCUUACAGUCAGAGUUGCCAUCAUUUCCACAGAUGGAGGAAAAGGGUCCAAAGUCUGGACUCUACGGGCUGUGAAGACCAUGACCUGCACCAAGUAAAAACAUCCACAAGACCACCUGUACUACAGAAACACAGUCAGAAAAGUACUGCAGAAAGUCCACAGAAGGUUUUACAAGAAUAUAAGAUCAGUCUGAGGAGGAGAUGUAAACGUGUAACUGAAGGAAGUGAUGGAACAGGAAGUGGAACUCUCCUUAACAGGAUCUACACUGAGCUCUACAUCACAGAGGGACAAAGUGAAGAGGUUAAUACCCAACAUGAGGUGAGGCAGCUGGAGACAGCUUCCAAGAAGAAGACCGUCCAUGACGCUCCAAUCAAGUGCCAGGACAUCUUUAAAGCCUUACCUGACCAACAGGGACCCAUCAGAGUGGUUCUGACGAACGGCGUCGCUGGCGUUGGAAAAACCUUCUUGGUGCAGAAGUUCAGUCUGGACUGGGCAGAGGGUUUGGAGAACCAAGAUGUCAGUGUGGUGGUUCCGCUUUCAUUCAGGGAGCUGAACUUGAUCAGAGAUGAGCAGUACAGUCUUCUGGAGCUGCUCCAUGUUUUCCAUCCAACAUUACAGAAGGUCACAGCAGAGAAGCUCGCCGUCUGUAAACUUCUGUUCAUCUUUGACGGCCUGGAUGAAAGCAGACUGUCUCUGGAUUUCAACAACAUGGAGGUUGUGUCUGAUGUCACACAGAAGUCAUCGGUCAACGUGCUGCUGACAAACCUCAUCGAGGGGAAUCUGCUUCCCUCGGCUCUCGUCUGGAUAACUUCCCGACCCGCGGCGGCCAAUCAGAUCCCUCCUGCGAGUGUCGACAGGGUGACAGAAGUACGUGGCUUCACUGACGCCCAGAAGGAGGAGUACUUCAGGAGGAGGGUCAGUGAUGAAGAGCGCUCCAGCACAAUCAUCUCACACAUCCAGACAUCCAGGAGCCUCCACACCAUGUGUCGAGUCCCAGUCUUCUGCUGGAUCAUUGCUACAGUCCUGGACCACAUGUUGACUACAGAGCAGAGAGGAGAGUUGCCCAAGACCAUGACUGACCUGUACUCGCACUUCCUGCUGGUUCAGACAAAGAAGAAGAAGCAGAAGUAUGAUGAGGGACAUGAGACGAGUCCACAGGAGCUGACGGAGGCUGACAGAGAAGUUCUUCUGAAGCUGGGGAGGCUGGCGUUUGAACAGUUGCAGGAAGGAAACAUCAUGUUCUACCAAGAAGACCUGGAGCGCUGUGGUCUGGAUGUCACAGAGGCCUCGGUGUACUCAGGAGUUUGCACAGAGAUCUUCAAAAGAGAGAGUGUAAUCUUCCAGAAAUCCGUCUACUGCUUCGUUCAUCUGAGCAUUCAGGAGUUUCUGGCUGCAGUCUACAUCUUUCACUGUCAUACAAACAGAGAAAAUGAGACAUUGGAGAGAUUUCUGGGCAAAGCCUGGGGUGCAUAUCGAAGCUGUGACCCACCUUUGGAUGUGUUCCUGAGGAGAGCCAUAGAAGAAUCCCUGAAGAGCAAAAAUGGCCACCUGGACCUGUUUGUCCGCUUCCUGCACGGCCUCUCACUCGAGUCAAAUCAGAGACUGUUAGAAGGACUUUUAAGUGGCGUGGAGAACGAUCCGGAAAGCAUUCAGAAAGUAAUCCACAAUCUGAAAGAGAUGAGCGCGUACCACAUCUGCCCCGACAGAAGCAUCAACAUCUUCCACUGCCUGAUGGAGGUCAAGGACCGCACAGUAUAUCAGGAGAUCCAGAAAUUCCUGAAGUCAGAGAACAGAUCAGAGACACAGCUUUCUAAGAUCAGCUGCUCAGCUCUGGCCUACAUGCUGCAGAAAUCAGAGGAGGUUCACGAAGUACUGGACAUGAAGGCGUACGCGACGUCAGAGGAGGGUCGACUUCGACUGAUCCCAGCUGUCAGGAACUGCAGAACGGUUCGGCUUCAUUGUGCCCGACUGUCAGAGACUCACUGUGAAGUCUUGGCCUCGGCUCUAAAGUCCAACCCCUCCCACCUGAGAGAGCUGGAUCUGGGCGAUAACAGGCUGCAGGACUCAGGAGUGAAGCUGCUGUCUGCUGGACUGGAGAGUCCAAACUGUGGACUGGAGACUCUGAGAUUGAGUGGCUGCAGUUUGUCAGAGGUCAGCUGUGCUUCUCUGGCCUCAGCUCUGAAGUCCAACCCCUCCCCUCUGAGAGAGCUGGACCUGAGUAACAACAAGCUGCAGGACUCAGGAGUGACGCAGCUUUCUGCUGGACUGAAGAGUCCAAACUGUCGACUGAGAACACUCAGAUUGAGUGGCUGCAGUUUGUCAGAGGUCAGCUGUGCUUCUCUGGCCUCAGCUCUGAAGUCCAACCCCUCCCCUCUGAGAGAGCUGGACCUGAGCUACAACAAGCUGCAAGAUUCAGGAGUGAAGCAGCUUUCUGCUGGACUGAAGAGUCCAAACUGCAGAUUGGAGACUCUGAGACUGUGUUUCUGCAGUUUGUCAGGGAACAGCUGUAGUUUUUUGGCCUUAGCUCUGAUGUCCAACCCCUCCCAUCUAAGAGAGCUGGAGCUGACAGAUAACAUGCUGCAGGACUCAGGAGUGAAACUGCUUUCUGCUGCACGUCAAAGUCCGCACUACAGACUUGAGAUUCUGAGGGUGACGUGAACCUUAAAUGCAGCUGAAAAUUUUGAAAGAUGAAAGUGGAGAAGUGCCAAAAGGACGAUUCAUUCAUUCAGUCAUUAUCCUUAACCGCUUGUCCGCACGAAGUCCAAGAUCCUCCUGGGAUUUCUUCAGACCCAAGAGUGGACUGGAUUCUGGGUUUGUGUAUGUUGUAGUGUAAUAUAUGUGUAUGUAAGCUCAGUUUUAUAUAUGUUGAAAUUACAUUUUUGAGUGCACCUUUUAUGCCACAAGAGGGCGUCAUAUAGCAUGUGCAAUAUGAAGUGGAAGUAAAGAAAUGUAUGCUUUACUAUCUAAUGUUUUACUUUAUAAUGUUGAUUUUUUACAAGUAGUCCUGCACCUGCACCUGCACCAUUAACUGUGAAUAAAUGAAUGUAAUUUUAUUAUUAUUACAAAAGAAUUAAAAAUAUUUUAAAGUGCAUUAAUUGUACAGUUCUACAGGCACCGGCCACUUUAUUCGGAACAACUUGUGUAACUUCUCGUUAAUGCAAAUAUUGAAUCAGCCAAUCACAUGGCAGCACCUCAAAGCAUUUAGACAUGUAGACAUGGUGAAGAAGAGCUGCUGGAGUUAAACCAGAAUGGGGAAGAAAGGUGAUUUAAGGGACUUUGAACGUGGUUGUUGGUCUGAGUGUUUCCCAAACUGCUGAUCUAAAAACCACCUUGAGUGUUUACAAAGAAAAUAACCAUUCAUUACAACCAACUCAUCGAUUCUAAGGUAUAAAACAUUAUUAAAACUAACCGGCUGUACCAGUGUGUUGGUGUCCUUCCCUCUUGGUAAGUACUGAUUACAUUGACACAACUAGAGAUCGAUGGAGGUGGUAUGUACUUUACAACACUAAUCUGAGUGAGAAUAGAAUUGAAAGACAUCUGACUGAACAGAGUUUUUGGAGGAAAAAGAACUGAGCCAACGCAUGCGGUGUCCAACACAGACCAGAACUAACAUUCUGAUGAAUGGAUACAUGGGUACAUACACAAUGGAUCCAAACAACUUCAUAUUCAAUAAA